AUGCUGGGGCGCCGCGGGGCAUGCCGGGAAGGGGCGGGGCCGAACCGCGCGUGCGCGGUACCCGCCCGGAACCGGAAGCUUUGCAGCGGCGGGCCGCCUCCUCCCGGGACGGCGGCAGCGGCGUGUGAGUCCGCACAUACCGGAGUGGCCCCGGUGGGGAGAGCCGGUGCCAGCAGGGUUGGCCCUGCCCCCCCCCCCCCUCCCCCGGGACCCUCUUGCCGCCCGGGGCUCUCCCCGCGCUGCGGCUGGAGUCAGGCUAUGGAGAGCAGCAUGGAUUUCCAGGCGGCUGCGCCCGCCACCCCUGAUCUCGGCGGUGACGAGGCCCCGGAGCCGCCGGCCAUGGACACGGAGGAAGGACCCGCAGUGCGGCCCGGCGCCCCUGCGCGCCGGGUGGGUGCCGGGCAGCCGGGUGAGCCUCGCCUUGUCACCCUGCGCUCUGGCUGCGGCUCCGGGCAGGAUCUGCCCGUCUCCGAGAGCCAGCGGGGGGCUCUGGGGCCCACCUCGGGGCCUGCUUCAGCCUCGGACCUUGGAGGAGGUGCGGGCGGACAAGCCGAGCUUUGCCGGGACUUGGGCAGAGAAACGGAUGAGGAGGCAGGGGCUGCGGGGUCGCGAGGCUCCACUGGCUGGAAAUCCAUCACUGGGAGCAGCCCUCAGGGCUCAGGACACCCCCGAGCCCUCACCAGUGGAGACCUGACGGGCAUGGAGCUGGAUGAGGCCCCCGAGGCCAGCGCCCACCUGGGCAGGGCCGAGUGGGCCGAGGACACAGAGGAUGAACCCUCAGAGAUCCAGGGUCUGCUGGCCCAGCUCAAAACCCUCGACCCCAACCUCUGUGACCACUCACCCGCCUCAGAACAGGGCAUGCUGGCCUCUGCAAGCACUGGCACAGCCUCUCCAGCGGGCACAGCCCCACAGCAGGCUCGGCAGAGCUACGGGCAGUGCCAGGGCAAGUGCCGGCCCUGCCCGCUGCAUGUGGCCACAGGCCGAGGCCUGGAGACACGGCCCUGCUGUGCCCAGCACUCAGCCUGCUCACGGCCCUGCCAUGGCCUGCUCUUUGCUGAGGCCGACCGGGAGGACUUGCUGAGCCUCCUGUGCUAUGAGGGAGGGCUGCCCGAGGCCAGCGCUGAGACACCCUUGGCCCGCUCCGAUGUCCUGGCUGGGACCAACCUGGAGAUGCUGCAGGCUCAGGAGGAACUGGCUGCUGUGGAGACACCUGAAGGACUGGGGAGGCCAGAGAGCUCAGAGGAAGGAUCUUCUGGUGGCUGGUAUUAUCAAGAGGGGCUCAGCGAGGUCGACCCUGCCUGCGAGGGCAAUCGGGGCAGUUCCCCGGAGCCGGCCUGGGUGACCCUUCCUCCCACUCCUGCCUUGGAGGCAGAGCAGCCACCCCAAGGCAGCGUGACUAACAGGGAACCCCCGUCUUCCUGCCCUGCCUUCAAAGAGGUUCCAGGACCGUGUGACCCAGAGGAUCUGCUGGACGGUGUGAUUUUUGUGGCAAAGUACCUGGGCUCCACGCAGCUGGUCUCGGAGAGGAACCCCCCAACCAGUGUCCGCAUGGCGCAGGCCCAAGAGGCGGUGGACAGGAUCAAGGCACCGGAGGGAGAGUCCCAGCCCAUGACGGAGGUGGAUCUGUUUGUCUCCACACAGAGGAUCAAGGUACUCACAGCUGACACGCAGGAAGCCAUGAUGGAUCACUCCCUCCAGACCAUCUCCUACAUCGCCGACAUCGGCUCCCUUGUGGUGCUCAUGGCACGCCGGAAACUGCCUCGGCGGUCGGAGGUGGCAGAGGAGAAGCGGCUUUACAAGAUGAUCUGCCAUGUCUUCCACUCAGCUGACGCCCAGAUCAUCGCUCAGGCCAUCGGGCAGGCAUUUGGCGUGGCCUACCAACGCUUCCUGGAGGCCAACAGCAUUGACCCAAGUGAGCUGACUCCCCGCCAGUACAGCCGUGCCCUCGAGGACCAGGAGCAAUACAAUGCAGAGCUGACCCACUUCUCCCGGCAGGAGAACUGCAAGGAUGUCUGCAUCCGGAAGCAGAAGGGGGAGAUCUUGGGCAUUGCCAUCGUGGAGUCAGGCUGGGGCUCCAUCCUGCCCACAGUGGUCAUCGCCAACCUGAUGCACGGGGGCCCUGCAGAGCGGUCGGGCGAGCUGAGCAUCGGGGACCGCCUCAUGUCUGUCAAUGGGACGAGCCUGGUGGGGCUGCCCCUCACCACCUGCCAGAGCAUCAUCCGGGAGCUGAAGCACCAGACCGAGGUGACGCUGAAUAUCGUGCACUGUCCCCCUGUCACUACGGCUGUCAUCCGGCGCCCUGACUCAAAGUACCAGCUGGGCUUCUGUGUUGAGAAUGGCGUGAUCUGCAGUUUGAUGCGUGGGGGCAUCGCAGAGAGAGGUGGCAUCCGCGUGGGGCACCGCAUCAUCGAGAUCAACGGGCAGAGUGUGGUGGCAACACCCCACGAGAAGAUCAUCCAGAUUCUCACACAGGCAGUCAGCGAGGUCCACAUCAAGACCAUGCCGGCCUCCACGUACCGCUUACUGACUGGGCAGGAGCAGCCCAUCUUCCUCUGAGCCGCUGGCCAUGCCUGGCUGUUGCUGCACGUGCCUGGGGCCAGGC